ACGAUGCCUACAAAAUAGCCUAGCUAAAUAGUGUGACACAUGUGGAGAGACGUUCCUAAUUACCUUUCAUAGUUUCCUCCACGCUUGUGGAGUACGCCCAGUCUUCGCGUCAUAACCCAGAUCGAAGUUUCUUUUCCAAGUGUAUUUUUUGAAAUUUCUGUAUCUCCGUGGAUACGAUUUACUUCAGAAUAAUGACUUUAAUCGACAGAACAACCCCUACGCUUAUUCAAAUGUAUGCGAUUGCAUACAGAGAUUUGCUCAUCGUUUCCGGAUUUUUAGAAAUCUUCAAUGAAUCUAUUUUGCAUUAAUUACAUAAGAGAAAAUUGGAAUUAUAACCAACAAUUUUAUACGAAAUAUAGGACGCUAUCAUGACGAGAUUUGCUGUAUUUAUUGUCUCAACACUCGUACUGCAAUCAUCGGCUAUAAUUCGUAUCCCGGAUAUCUUUGAAGUUCAGUCUCCACCGCGGAUAUCCAAGCAGCCACCUACGGAUGAACAACUUUUUCAAGUAGCUCAAGCUAAGGUCAAUAAUAAUGAUAAACCUUUCUUGAUUGAAUGUGAAGCAGAAGGAGAACCUGCACCAAAAUACCGAUGGAUCAAAAAUGGAAAAAAUUUUGAAUGGCCAGCUUAUGAUGAUCGUAUUUCUCAACAACCAGGAAGAGGCACUUUAGUCAUAGCAAGACCACGUGAUGAAGAUUUAGGACAGUACCAAUGCUUUGCAGAAAAUGAGUGGGGAAUAGCUACAUCAAACUCCGUUUUCGUUCGUAAAGCAGAACUUAAUGCAUUUAAAGAUCAAACUCCAAUAAGUUUAAAUGCUUAUGAAGGAGAACCAUUUAAACUAACGUGCCAACCACCAGAUGGGUGGCCAAAACCAAAUGUAUACUGGCUGAUUCAAGAUACAGCUGGUGCAAUUAAAUCAAUUAAUAAUUCACGUAUGACAUUAGAUCCCGAAGGAAAUCUUUGGUUUAGCAAUGUUACAAGGAAUGAUGCCUCUGAUGAUUUCUAUUAUGUGUGUGCAGCAACGUCUGUAUUUCGAAAUGAAUAUAAAUUAGGCAGCAAAGUUUUGUUAAAUGUUAUUUCGACUGGAGCAUCUUCUAAUCAAAAUAAACAUGAACCUGUUAAGCAGUAUGUUAGUAGAAAAAAUGAAGUUGCUCUACGUGGUAAAAAAAUUGAAUUAUAUUGUAUAUACGGUGGUACUCCUUUACCACAAACUGUUUGGAGUAAAAAUGGAAAAUUAAUACAAUCAAAUGAUAGAAUUAUACAAGGAAAUUAUGGAAAAUCAUUAAUUAUAAAGCAUGUAAAUUUUGAGGAUGAAGGAACAUACAGUUGUGAAGCAUCCAAUGGCGUUGGAGAUGCAAAUUCAUAUUCUAUUAGUCUACAAGUAAUGGCGGUUCCAUAUUUCACAGUAGAACCAGAGAUUAUAAAUGCAGCAGAGGAUGAAACUGUUGAAUUUAGAUGCGAGGCAAGUGGUGUACCUGAACCAGAAAUCAAAUGGAUUCAUAAUGGAAAACCGAUAUCAGAGGCACCAGCUAAUGAUAGAAGAAAAGUUACAGCAAAUUCUAUCAUUAUAGAAAAGUUAAAAAAGAAGGACACAGGAAACUAUGGCUGUAACGCCACUAAUUCUUUAGGAUAUGUAUACAAAGAUGUAUAUGUUAAUGUCUUGGCCUUAGAACCUGAAAUCACUCAACCACCAAAUGACAAAGCAACGGUAGAAGGUAAAACAGUUCGGAUUACUUGUCGUGUAUUUGGAGCACCAAAACCGAUAGUUAAGUGGGCCAGGAAUGGUCAAGAAUUAACAGGAGGAAGAUACAAAAUUUUGGAUUCUGGUGAUUUAGAAAUAGAAAAUAUAAUAUUCUUAGAUGCAGGUAGUUAUAUCUGCCAUGCAUCUAACAAGUUUGGAGAAGUGGAAGCCUCUGCAAAUCUCGUAGUAAAAGAGCGUACAAGAAUUACGGAUGAACCGGAAGAUUACGAAGUUGCAGCAGGUUCUACUGCCACGUUUAGGUGCAACGCUGUAACUGAUUCUAGCUUAACUUUAACGAUAGAAUGGUUAAGUAACGGCGAACCUAUUGAUUUUGAAAUGGAACCACGAUUUGUACGAAGUACAGAUUAUUCGUUAAUGAUCACAAAGACAACGGAAUUAGACUCUGGUACUUACACUUGCGUUGCUCGUACUGAAUUGGAUGAAACAAGGGCACAAGCAACAUUAACAGUUCAAGAUGUACCUAAUGCUCCAAAAUUAAUUGGUGUAAAUUGUAUGUCUGAUAAUGCGGUUGUACAAUGGACUCCUAUGGGUGAUAAUAGAGCACCAAUUUUACGAUAUACUAUUCAAUAUAAUACAAGUUUUACACCAGAUACUUGGGAAACAUCAGCAGAUUUUGUACCUGCUACAGAACAAACAUACGAUGUACCAAUGUCACCGUGGGCUAAUUACACAUUUCGUGUACUUGCAUGGAACAAAAUAGGAAAAUCUUUACCAUCAUCACAUAGUGACGUUUGUACAACUCAGUCGGACGUUCCUUACCGUAAUCCAGAUAAUGUUAUGGGUAAUGGAACUACUCCUCAGAAUCUUGUAAUUUCGUGGACUAUAUUACCACAAAUAGAGCACAAUGCUCCAAGAUUUAUGUACAGAGUGUAUUAUAAAAGAGACAGACCAGAAGAACAAUGGACUAUAGAGGACAUAAACAAUUGGAAACAACACACUCUUACAAUAGAUAACCAACCAACUUAUCAAAGAUAUAAAAUUAAAGUAAUUGCAAUUAAUGAGAAAGGAGAAAGUAAAGCUGAAGUCAAGGAAGUGUAUGGAUAUUCUGGAGAGGAUGUACCACUACAAGCUCCUGGAAACUUUACCUUGAUUCAAGUCAAAUCUAGUACAUCUGCAAUACUCUCUUGGAAUGCCGUCCCUGAAGAAUCGGUGAGAGGCGAAUUAAAAGGUUAUAAAAUUCAAACUUGGACAGAAAAAGAAGGUGAAAAAGGAAUGCGUGAAAUUGACAUUAGAGGUGGCAAUAUGACACGCGCUUUAGUUAAUAAAUUUAUUCCGUAUAGUAAAAAUUAUGUCAGGAUUCUUGCUUAUAAUGGAAGAUAUGCAGGACCUCCAUCAGAGACCUUAAGUUUUGAUACACCCGAAGGUGUUCCAGGAACAGUACUUAGUUUUGAAGCUUUUCCCAUGGGCUCUAGUGCACUCUUUCUUGUCUGGUCAAAACCUGCUGAACCAAAUGGUGUCUUAACUGGAUACAAAAUUUAUUAUAGGGUAGUAAAUGGAACUAGAUUAGAGGCAUUAUUAGAAAGGAAACCACAUAUAUCAGAUCCAGAAGCCACUAGUGCUAAAUUAGCAGCUUUGGCACCUGAUACAAAAUAUAGAGUCCAUAUUCGAGCUACAACCAAAGUUGGUGAAGGAAAUGAUUAUUUCAUAGAAAAAAGGACACGUACUUCUCAAAGACCAGACGUACCUCAAUUUACAUGGGAAACUAUUCCCAAAGAAAAUGGAUAUUCUAAUGUAAGGAUUACAUGGCAACCAAAUUUAAAUGGCAAUCCUGGUAGUCAUUUCUUUGUAAAAUAUAAUUUGAAAGGUGAAACAAUUGCUUCUGAAACGGAUCCUGAAUUUCAAUCGAAUACGAUUGAAGUACGUGGACUUCCAAGUGGUGAAGUCUAUGUUAUGUCUGUAGUUGCUGUUGAUGGAGAUUAUGUAACUGAAAGUGUACCACAAGAAGUAGAGACCAGUAGUGAAGGGCCAAUAAUUCAACCUAAAGAAAACGUUGCAACGGCUGGGUGGUUCAUAGGUAUGAUGCUGGCGAUAGCUUUCCUUCUAUUUGUUCUGAUUAUUGUCUGCGUAAUUAAACGAAAUAGAGGUGGAAAGUAUGCAGUGCACGAACGUGAAUUAGCUGCUGGACGAGGAGAUUAUCCUGACGAAGGUGGCUUCCAUGAAUAUUCUCAACCUUUAGAUACUAAAUCUGCCGGUGGUCGUGCGUCAUUGGCCUCGUCUUCUCAUCAAGAUGGAAAACAUCCAGAAUCUGACACUGAUUCUAUGGCCGAAUAUGGGGAAGGGCCUUUCACAGAAGAUGGAUCAUUUAUUGGACAAUAUGGUCCAAAAGGCAGACCAGAGGAAACACCGUCCAUUCCAACCGGGACUAUGGCCACGUACGUGUAACCUCUCCAAGAAUCUCAUUCAAACAAGAUAAAAGAUCUUUUCUCAUCGUGGUAAGGAAUACGAAUCCUUAUCUGCUGCAGCAAUUUCGCUAUGCACUUUGCGCUGGGCGCAAUGUCCAACACUAUACUGCCAAUUAGAAUUUGCUUUUGGGUUUUAUAGUUUACUUAGAGAAAAUAAUGAAUUUGUGCAUUUAAUAUUUGUACGAAAAGUUAUGUAUACAUGUGAGUCUUAACAUUUUUUUCUGCUUUCUUUUCUCAUAUUAAUCUAUAUACUAAGAGACUAUAACAAUAUAACUCUUUUCACGGUUUAAAAAUUAAAAAGAAUGUUAUGACUGUUAUUAGAAGUCAUUUUUAAGGAAAAUUAAAAAAUAUGUCAAAUAUAACAACCACAUGUGUAUAUAUAUAUAUGUGCAUAUAUGACGUAUUAAAUGACGAUGCAAGAUGUAAAUUUAUUUUAUUCAUCUCUGGUCAGUUGUAAAACCCAAAGACAAUAGGUGUUUCAUAGCGUGCAAGCUAUUUAUGAAAAUAGAACUGUAGAAACUAAUCCAAUAUCUAUGGUAAUAUUUGACAAGGCUAGAUUGAAGGCAGACACUUUAGCUUAUUACAGGGUAUCUAAAAUGUGUUUGCAUAAUUCGGAUUGUGGUGUAUAUGUAUCUAUGAAUGGAGAAUACUUUCACGAUAGCAUAUACUGUCAAACAUUUUGCCUCACGUUUUAUGUGUUCAAAAAUAAAAACUUUACAAUCUAUUGAAAUAAUAUACACGAAAAACAUCUUCAAUGUGAUAAAUUAUACUCUAGCCUGUAGUAUUUGAAAAAUACUGAUAUAACAACAGUCUACCUAAUGUGAAAAUUAUCUUUCUCAAUAUUAUUAUUAUUAUUAUUAUUAUUAUUAUUACAAAAUUAGAUGAAAAUAUUAAAGGGCAGCAUAAGAAGCGAUGUCACAAUCUGGCCUCGACUGAAUGUUACUUCUUAAGGAAGAUCUCUUUCAAGAUCUUUAGAUACACAAUCAAUUUUUACUCUGCAGACAGAGGGCCAAAUUUAUUGAAUUAUUAAUUAUCUAUGAUUAUUGUGCACUCGCACAUUGAUUACAGAUACGAGAGCAAAACAAAAAUAUAUAUGAAAAAAAAAAAAACUGUAUCACACAUAUUUAAUAUAAUAUUAACAAAACAUUGUACACACACAUGCACUAUAGUAGUUAGAUAUCACAAGGCCUCUAAUCGUUGCUUUUUGUAUGUGAAACAUGCUCUAGUUAACAAUUAGCCAAUGGGGAGAUCUCUCCGCUUUGAAGUAAGUCACUAUAUGACCGACUGGGCGGAUCUCUCAUCUUUUUCUUAACAACGCUUUUAUCUUGUUUAUUUUUUCAUUUAUCAUUAAUCAGUCUUGAACUGGAAUUGUUCGCAAUUCAUCAAAUACUUUUUCUGCUUUUGUAAAACACAAUUUUUAAUAAAAUUUGUUAAAUAAGUUCAAUUAAAGUUAAUGAAAAAAAUUGUAGCUCCCAAUUGAAACUAAAUAAUAUUUUAUGAGGUAUAAAAAGAUACCGAUACUUUUUAUUUUUAUGAAACUUAUUUCUUUUUUCGCAAGAUUUAUUAUAAUCCAAGGGAUAUAAUAUAAGAUUAUUAUUUAAUUAAUAUAUAAAGUAUUGAGAAUAUAUAAAGAGACAUUAUAUUAAUAGACAAGAAGACAUAAGAGAUCUGAUAAGAGUAAAAAAAAAAAGAACACAAGGGACAACUAUUAACUAACAUUAUUAUGUUUGAUUAUAGUAUACUGAGUAUUUAAAGAGAAUAAGACAGACUUGUUAUUUUUUUUGAGAGUACAUGUACAAUUAAUUUAGGUUAUUAAAUUAGUAAAUUUCAUACAAUGUGUACAGGUUGUCUGCAAAAGUGUCGCAAGCAAAUAUGUUAGGUACAAAGGCAAUGAAAAAAAAGGUACAAAAUGUAAAAUACUUAUAGAAAUGCGAGAUAAUUCAUAAAUAUAUUAUACUUCAAAAUGAUAUAUAUUUCAGCCUAUCAGAAAGAAAGAAAUAUGGUACAAUUUUGCCUGCAACAUAAUAUCAAAGAUUUAUCCGUAUAUUAACCGAAAAAAAAAAGAAAGAAAAGAAAGAAAUAUAUCCUCUUUGGUGCUGCAUGUAUAAAUCUUUUGUCAGAAAAUAUUUGUUAGGACCUUUCUUGCCGAUUAUCCUGUACAAAUGACUUUGACGUCGAAAAAAUUAAUAA